AUGUUUCCACUUGAAGAAGUUAAAAUUAACUAUAAACGCAUGGUGAAAAUGUAUGUGGCACAGCAUUAAUACUAGUGCUGUUUUGCAUCAAGCACGAUUCAAAUGUUGUUUUCUGUAAAAUAUUCGAUUUCAUUCAAACAGAUUUGUGAAAAGCAGUAGUCGAUGUCUGCUAGAUAUUAGUUGUUAUGUUUCUUUUUUAUUAUUAUUUUUUAUUUUGGUUAACUAGCAAAUGGAGAAUCAAUUGACAGUUGGCAGCUUAACCACUACCAACAUGGCGUAGCAUGUCUACCAAGACAAAGAGGAAAUGGUGCACUGGGAUGAUGGGAAUGGUGAGGUCAGAAAGACCCAGUUUAUGGUCUCCUGUAUUGGUGUAUGUACCAGGACAAUAAUGGCACAGUUUGAAUUUAUAGACAUUGGUGUCAACUUAACUGAUCCAAUGUUUAGAGGAAUUUACAGAAGCAAACAAAAACAUCAAGAUGAUUUUUUACAGAUAAUAGAAAGAGCUGCUAAAAUUGGGACCCAAAAGUUCAUGAUCACAGCGGGAAAUCUUCAGGACAGCAAAGAUGCACUACAGUUAGCACAAACGAAUGAUGCAUUUUAUAGCACAGUAGGCUGCCACCCAACUCGCUGUUCAGAGUUUGAACAGUACGGCUCCGAUCAGUACCUUGCUGACCUCAAAGAACUGACCAAAGAAAACAGUGGCAAGGUGGUGGCAAUAGGGGAGUGUGGUUUGGAUUUUGACAGGCUGGAGUUUUGCCUGAAAGAGAGUCAACUUAUCUACUUUGAAAAGCAGUUUGACCUAGCAGAGGAAACAAAGCUGCCUAUGUUUCUCCACUGCAGAAAUUCAUAUAAAGAAUUUAUUGAUAUAAUGAAGAGAAACAGGGACCGAUGUGUUGGUGGGGUGGUGCAUUCCUUUGAUGGUACCAAGGAAGAAGCCGCAGCUAUUAUUGAUUUGGAUCUUUACAUUGGUAUAAAUGGUUGCUCUUUGAAAACUGAAGCAAAUCUUGAAGCAAUGAAGUCCAUUCCAAGUGAACGUUUAAUGAUUGAGACUGAUGCUCCUUGGUGUGGAGUAAAGAAUACUCAUGCUGGUUCAAAACACGUCAAAACUACCUUCCUAACCAAGAAGAAAUGGGAAGCGGGCCAUUGCUUGAAGGACAGGAAUGAACCUUGUCACAUCAUACGGCUAAACACAAAUCCGGAGCUGUCGCCGAGGGCCAGCACGAAACCGGAUCACCACUGCACUACCGUCACGAAUAAACAUUGUUAUCAGCACUUGUUUCACUAAUAGCACGUAUUAUAUUGUACUUCACCACAAGCACUGAGAGCACUCACUUUGGAACAGUGAUCGUGUGUGUCUAAUUGUGUGUGUUUGUACCGUGUCUAUUAUUUGCGGGACUGCAACCCUUUGUUUCAUUACUGUGCAAUACACAUUGUUGUGUAUUGCCAGCUCUUUAUUAUUUACCGGCGGGUCAUCAGACCAUUGGAUUAUACACCAUUAAAUCAAUCAUUUUCACCCGUACUUUGUUGUCUGUGUGUUCUUGGAAGUACGGUAUCCGCACUGCACCUGCUAUACAUCUGCUACCACUUACCACACUGACACAUAGCAGUAGAAACCCUAAAAGUCAAAGCAAGUCGUAGCACUGUCUUAACACGCGUUUUCAGCACAGACUGGGUUGUCCACUUUUCAUUUUCGUUUGAUUUAAUCUGCUUCUGUAGAAACUGACGUGCAACUAGCAAUUCAGAUUCAGCAAUGUCCAUAUUGAUUAAAUUAACUAGAGUAGAAACGUUGGGCUAUUGGGGUCGGCAGCCUGUAGGGCUGCAAUUAAUUUAGUAUUACGUUCAUUAAAAUGAGCCGACAGUUCAACUAGUACGGCAUCCAGCACACCAUAAAACAGUCUCAUGAGCUCACAUUCAUUAUCAGCUUCACCACCUGGCUGACCAACAGAUCCCUCAACCACAAAGUCUUAAAGUUGCUUGCUCAAAUGUAAAACUCUGUUUCUUGCAUGGCACAGUUGUUUCACCACUGUCAUUCAGCAGAUCGUUAAAAACUGCAUCACAACGCAGUUUCAAAUACACUCUGAAGCACUAUGAACGACCUCUACAGCAGAAAGAAGAUCGCUUUUUUCUUCCUGAAGCAUUUUGUUUGGAGUGUCCAGUAUACUCAGAUUUUUUUGCACCAUGUGUGCAAUGAAUUUGAAGUCUACAGCUGACACCUGCUUCAAUAACUUCAAUCUUAACUUCGGUUCCAUGUCCUCGAGUGCUUUGGAUUUCUGAAAGUAAUUCUACAAUGCUGUUAAACGACUUCAUAACACCCCAACUGUACAGUAAUGCCCAGUCUAACGCUGCUCGAGUAAUCGUUUAAGUUUCUCACCUUUGUAGAACAGCAACAGUUGGUUUCCUUAGAAAUCCGUACAAUGAGCUGCACACAUUGAAGAAUUCUUCUGCCUUUUCUUCUGAGGACAUGGCAUGCACAAUGACCAAGUGUAACUGGUGAUUAAAGCAAUGGAUGUACGGGACCUCCUUCCCAGUUUGUCCUGCAAAAUCUUUUGAACCCCUCCAAGGCUGCCAGACAUAACAUUUGCUCCAUCGUAGCAAUGACUUAAUAUUUUAGAAGGGCAGAGUCCUGCUUCCGUUAUUUCAGUUACAAUCGUGUUUGCAAAUGUCUCUGCACCGAAACUGUCAGUUGUGGCUAUGGUCCAAAGCCUUUCCCUGUUUUCAUCAUUCGCAGUUACAAAACGAACUACCAUCGAGAUGUUUUCACAACCAGUUGGGUCUCGUGUUCCAUCAGCUUUUGCUGUAUACCACGAAUCCCUGAUUUCUCGUACUAUCACACAUUAUUUUGAUUAUUUCAUUUUGUAUAUCGUGCGAGGUGCACUUAGCAUUGCCUGGUAUAGUUUGGUAAACUUUUGCCAGCUCUGGAUCUUUUCUCAAAGUGUAUUCAAAUAAACCCAGGAAGACUCCACUAGAUCUAUCUGCAAUGUCAACAGAUUCGUCACUGCCCCUGAACUGCAGUUCGUGUACUACAAGGAAUUCAAUCAUGUCAGUAAUUGCAGCCAUAUAGUACUGUAAUGAAUCUGCUCGUUCAUGGCUACUGGAUUAAAUAUACAAUAGCAUGCCACUGCCACCACCUUUGUUUAACCGGAGGGUCCGGUAGUUAGAUAUAUUUAUAAAAUAAGGGAGAGUGUAUGAAGUCACGUCACAAAGACACCAGGAACAGCAACUCAGAGCAAACCAUUUAUUAAUAUAGUUAAUUAAAGCAGGGCAGUUAGCAAUCUUAAAUCAUACCAAUAAAUUUGACCAAUUGAGCUAGAUUAAUUAUUCUCUGCAAAAUAGGAAACACAAGGGGGGCAGACACACCCACUGCAACAAAAAUAGUGAUAAAAUACAAUACAUUAGUAUAGUUCAAAGAAAGCUAUAAACAGAUAAGCCAAACCAUUAAUAAUAACCCAAAAUAAACAAUAACCACAUAACACAGCAAACUCAGAUAUACACAAUAAACCUCCACCAAGGAUUGGGGUGAGUGUGUCUCUCCCCUGCAGAUACACACAGUGUUUAAAUACAGUGUAACAGUUUGGAAUUUUCUGUUUAAUAACAUAAGGGCCCCUAAAGCACCUUUGUAAAUUUGGGGCAUUUCCCCGCCCUUCUAGCAGAAUCUCUUACCCAUACUCGUUCACCCUCUAAAUAAACCUGGGGACUGACUUUGAGAUCAUAGAACUCUUUUUGCCAGCAUAAUAUAAGGCAACAGUUCAUCCCACUUACCCUGGUUAGUGUCCACAAAAGAAGCAAGCAUUGCAAGCAGGGUACGCUUUAGUUGUUCCACCAACCCAUCUGACUGGGGGUGAUAUGGAGAUGUACGAGUCUUAUUAAUCUCAAACAACUCACACAUUUCACUAAACAAUUUGGACUCAAAGUUCCUACCUUGAUCAGUGUGAAUAGAUCGGGGUGCUCCAAAGCAACAAAAAAAUGCUCCACUGCUACUUUUGCUACAGUUUUCGCUUCUUGGUUUGGCAGCGGAAAAGCUUCGGCCCAGUUAGAAAAAUAAUCAGCAAUAACCAGUAUAAAGUGGUUCCCUUGAGGUGUUACAGGGAGGGGGCCCACAAUAUCCAUAGCGACCCACUCUAGGGGUCGUGUAGUACUAGAAGAGCAUAGAGGUGCUCGUGGGGUUGGACGAGAGUCCUUACAAGAACCGCAAACUUCACACUGUUUACACCAUCUUUAACGUCUUUCACCCAGUAAAACCUAGAUCUUAACCCGCUCUAUAAGUUUUUCUAUCCCCAAAUGCCCCCCAGUAUGAUCAUUAUGUAGUGCUCCCAACACCUGUGGUAUACAUAACCUGGGCAAUACUACCUGCAACUUUGGCAACUCCACCGAAGUUGACGCCGGGCUCAGCACCACCAGAUCAUCGUACACCUGCAACUCGUCCCACACACCAGUAAACUUACUUAAGGCAGAGUGUCCCCGUAAUAACUUCAGUACAUCAGGGGUUGGAUUCUGUAGCCACCCUUUAAGGCAGGCUAAAUCAGAAUCAGUUGCUUGGAUCUGCUUCAAAUUAAAAUCUACAGUAGCGCUAUUGGGUACCACUGAAUCCUGUAGUUACGCUACCUCAGCAUCCAUAGUGGAUUGACUACUCUCUCGACUUGACAUCCACUUGGUGGCGCGAUAAGGCAUCUGUGUUCUUAUGUACUUUUCCAGGCUGUUUAUAAUUAUUAAGCCACCAAAGGGAACUGUGAUCUGUGCGGAGUAUAAACUCUCGUCCCAACAAGUAGUGACGAAAGUGCCGCAUAAAAGCAACUACUGCUAACAGUUCCUUUUUCGUUAUUGCAUAGUUCUAUUCUUGUCGACUUAAUGCCCGGCUGGCAUAUGCCACAACUUGUUUGUCCCAUGGGCCCAUCUGCAAUAAGACCGCUCCAAUACCUCCAUCACUUGCAUCGGUAUCUAAAAUAAACUGCAACUUUGGAUCGGGAUACACAAGCAUCGGAGGAGUAGUCAACAGGUGUUUCAAUUUCUGAAAUGCCUCUUCACAGGCAGUAGCCCACUGGAAGGGAACCCCCUUCUCAGUAAACCAAUGUAAAGGGCAGGCAAUUGUAGCAAAAUCUGCAAUGAAUCUCUGAUAAUAAGACGCCAAACCGACAAAACUACAAACUUCCAUCGUAGUUUGUGGAGUUGGCCAAGACUGAAUCAUCUCGAUUUUUGUAGGAUCCACAGCAAUCCCCUCAGCCGUAAUUAUAUGUCCCAAAUACUUAGCCUCCUUAGUGAAAAGAUCGCAUUUGCUUGGUUUUACAUUCAGUCCAGCACCCUCCAGCUGUUGAAAGAUUUGUUCUAGUCUGGUCACAUGCUCACCACAAAGGAUCUGCCAAAAACAUUUAUGUCAUCUAGAUAAAUAAGGCAGGUAGUCCAUUGGAGAUCAGCUAGGACUAGUUCCAAUAAAUGUUGGAAAGUUCCUGGGGCAUUACAAAAUCCAAAAGGCAAAACAUUGAACUCAAAAAGACCUUGUUGAGUGACAAAUGCAGUCUUAUCAUGAUGUUCUGCCAGUCUCCACUAGCGAGGUCAAGUGUGGAAAACCACUGCAAAGCUACCAAAGCAUCUAGAGUAUCAUCAAUACAGGGAAGAGGGUAAGCGUCUUUAACAGUUACUUCAUUCAGACGUCGAUAGCCUACGCAAAACCGUACUCCGCCAUCCUUCUUUCGAACCAAGACCACAGGCGCAGCCCAUGGACUACAGGAUGGUGGGAUGAUUCCAUGUGUUAGCGUAUGUUUGAGGUGUUGCCCUGCCUCUUCCUGAAAGUGAACUGGUAUGCGACGGGGACCCAUCUUCACUGGUGGAGCGGAGCCAGUAUCAACCCAGUGGGUAGUAAGGUGAGUCCUGCCCAGAUCAUGGUCGCCUGCAAUAUGUAUUUGUUGCUGUGGCAAUGUGCCCUGCCCCUGUGUGUAUUUUUGUGUUUUAUGUUUUAUGUUGUAUGUUGCGUGUGUUAAUGUUGGUGUAUAGAUAUGGCUGCACGGAAUAUAAAUGGGUGUGUGCAGCACGAGUUAAGAACAUAAGAACAUAAGAAAGUUUACAAAUGAGAGGCGGCCAUUCAGCCCAUCUUGCUCACUUGGUUGUUAGUAGCUUAUUGAUCCCAGAAUCUCAUCAAGCAGCUUGAAGGAUCCCAGGGUUUCAGCUUCAACAACAUUACUGGGGAGUUGGUUCCAGACCCUCUCAAUUCUCUGUGUAAAAAAGUGCCUCCUAUUUUCUGUUCUGAAUGUCCCUUUAUCUAAACUCCAUUUGUGACCCCUGGUCCUUGUUUCUUUUUUCAGGUCAAAGAAGUCCCCUGGGCUGACAUUGUCUAUACCUUUUAGGAUUUUGAAUGUUUGAAUCAGAUCGUCGCAUAGUCUUCUUUGUUCAAGACUGAAUCAAUUCUUUUAGCCUGUCUGCAUAUGACAUGCCUUUUAAACCCGGGAUAAUUCUGGUUGCUCUUCUUUGCACUCUUUCUAGAGCAGCAAUAUCCUUUUUGUAACAAGGUGACCAGAACUGAACACAAUAUUCCCUUGAUUUAAAUUCAACACUUCUCACAAUAUAUCCAAGCAUCUUGUUGGCCUUUUUUAUAGCUUCCCUACAAGAUGAAGACAUUUCUGAGUCAACAUAAACUCCUAGGUCUUUUUCAUAGUUCCCUUCUUCAAUUUCAGUAUCUCCCAUGUGAUAUUUAUAAUGCAUUUUUAUUGCCUGCAUGCAAUACUUUACACUUUUCUCUAUUAAAUUUAAUUUGCCAUGUGUCUGCCCAGUUCUGAAUGCUGUCUAGAUCAUUUUGAAUGACCUUUGCUGCUGCAACAGUGUUUGCCACUCCUCCUAUUUUUGUGUCAUCUGCAAAUUUAAUGAGUUUGCUUACUAUACCAGAAUCUAAAUCAUUAAUGUAGAUCAGGAAUUGCAGAGGACCUAAUACUGAUCCCUGUGGUACACCACUGGUUGCCUCGCUCCAUUUUGAGGUUUCUCCUCUAAUCAGUACUUUCUGUUUUCUACAUGUUAACCACUCCCUAAUCCAUGUGCAUGCAUUUCCUUGAAUCCUUACUGCGUUCAGUUUGAGAAUUCAUCUUUUAUGCGGGACUUUGUCAAAUGCUUUCUGGUAAUCUAAAUAAACCAUGUCGUAUGCUUUGCAAUUAUCCAUUUUCAAUGUUGCAUUGUCAAAAAAGUCAAGUAGGUUAGUUAGACAUGAUCUCCCUUUCCUAAAACCAUGCUGACUGUCUCCCAGGAUAUUGUUACCAUAUAGGUAAUUUUCCAUUUUGGAUUUUAUUAUAGUUUCCAUAAGUUUACAUAUAAUCGAAGUCAGGCUUAUUGGUCUGUAGUUACCUGGUUCGGUUUUGUCUCCCUUUUUGUGGAUCGGUAUUACGUUUGCUAUUUUCCAGUCUGUCGGUACAACCCCUGUGUCAAGAGACUGUUGCAUGAUCUUGGUUAGCGGUUUGUAAAUAACUUCUUUCAUUUCUUUGAGUACUAUUGGGAGGAUCUAUUUAAAAUGUAUAAUUGUAUUUAGGCACGGGGAUUGCACGGGGAUCACUUCACGUGCAUUUAAAGUAUUUAAUAUGUGAGCACGGGGUUGCACAGAAUUAGUUCACGUGCUGGGAUUCAAGUGAAUAAUUAAUUAGUAAUUGAAUCCUGGCACAACAGUAUAUAUAGAUGCACGUUUUACUCACUCAGGGUUGUGUGUUCGGUGAGUGGAGAACGGGUGUGGAGAAGGAGGUAAAGUUAACGAAAAUAAACUAAAGUAAUAAUUGAAAGUUUAAACUCACCGUGUUUGUUUGUCUGUUCAUCCAGUCUGUUCAGUGUUAAUCCGUUGUGUUUGUCUAUUUUAUUUGGCCUCAAGUGCCGUGUCCUGUUUUCUGUUUAAAAACUUUUAUUUUUUAAUAAACGUGCUGAGUGCAGCCAUUGCAGCUCAGUUUCAACUCCA